AUGGUCGACAAGCAAGCCCGUAAAUCCAAACACGGCACCAUCCUCUUCGAACCAGUCAUAGUCUAUCUGCAUCCCGCCACGCCCACCCCCUCCAUUCAUCACUGUCAUAUCGCCACCCGCUCCAACCAUUCGUACAUGUCAGCACAGCAACCGAGCUUAUUCCAGGUCGCCCGCUCCAAGCUGCAACUCUCGCACGGAACCACGAGUUCCCGCGACAAGUGCAGCUUGCACCGCUGGGUCCUCCUCAAAAACUCCCUCAUUCACUCACAGCCUUCCUCUCCGGCCCCACCUUGCAGCCAGGCCGAUGUAAAUUCUGUAUAUGCUACUGAAGAGGACGAAGAGGACGACAUGGUCUGCGCCGACGAGGAGCACGACUCGUUCAUGUUCCCCGACGCGGGCAUGCUUGUCGACCCCUCGCCACCACGAGACACUCCGGAAUCCGAGUCCCAAUGGUUCGACUCUCUGCUCGAAUCGUUAGGUGACGAGGACGUAGAGGACUAUGCCAACUCCCCGGAUGACGACGAGCCCCCUUUCACCCCUCCCGUUUCUCCUAUGUCUUCCUCGGACGAUCUCAUCGGUCACCACCCUGUGUAUAACGACCCUCCGAUUGCGAUGCCAUACCCUAUUGUCUACCCGCCGUACCACUCCUCCCUCAUUCGGCCACUCGAGUUCGACUCCCUUAAUUGCUCAUACCCGCCACUCGACCUCGCCCUGCCCUACUACGAGUCGGAAGACGUCGACGACAUGCCCGUUCCUGACGCUAUAGAGGAUCUGUCAGACGACGAGUCGGAUUCCCUGUCUACGCCGUCUCAUUCUCGAUCCAUUCCCAUGUACCAGGACGCCAUCCUCAGGCCGCGGCAGGGCCGGGACGAGCCGCAGGUAUACGUUGAUACGGACGACGCCUACUUCUACCCUUUCGAACUCGACCCGCUCCCUUUCCCAGAAGAUCAUCGUACUUCGCCUCAUGCGUUUAAUCACGUCUAUCAUCAGGAGUGCUAGGCACUAGUUAUUAUUGCAUCUUUUCUCUGUAACAUAUUGCUGGUUUCCCUGUU